AUGCCUCCAGAACUCGAACCGAAACCAAAGUCUAAACAUCGUAAAUCAACAUGUGCCGGUUGUCGCAGGAGAAAGUCCAAGUGCGAUGGGAAAACACCAAAAUGUACAACGUGUAUCGCCUAUAAGGACGACUGCCACUACGACAAGCCUCCGUCGCUUGCGUAUGUGAGGUCUCUUGAAGAGGAAAUCCAAGAGCUGAAAUUGCAACUGCGACAAGCCAAAACGCAAGCCUGGUUAUCAAGGGUGGGUGAUGAUAGUGGUGCAGCUCAUUCCCACAAAAGACGUGCUGACACAUUUCAGGCGAGCGCCCAAGACGAGAAGAAACCGGUUGGCACUUCGCCAGUAAGCGAAGCUGCAGGCUCGCAGUCCUCGAGUAAUUUUGCAUAUCGCAACCGGCAGGUAAAAUGGGAGACAGACAUCAGUAUCGAUGAUUGCGGGAGUGUUGCCUUUCACAACUCGACAUCUCCCAUCUACCAGCCACCCUCGACGCAACCCAAUCGCUCGCCCAUACCGGCUUCACACCCACACCCACAAGUCGCCGGGAGUCCCCAAGAGGACCAACGUGUAAGAAGAGAUCUCAUUUUAAACGCCAAUCACCAGAAACAGAUUGAGCCAUUUGCCAUUGCCAAUGGUGCUGCUAAAGCCAAUGUUCCCAAAGAGAUCUCUCAGGAGAUGCUUAAAUACCACUGGUGCUGGCAACAUCCGCUGUUCUUGAUUGUGUACAGACCGGCGUUCACGAGGGGAAUGGCCAUGGUAGACUUGAACACGCCCGAAGCACAAGACCCUCCAUACUUCUCAGAAACUCUUUUGAAGGUGAUUCAUGCACAUUGUGCGAGAUUCCUCAACCAUGAUGUCUAUCAAAACCAGUACCAUGACGUGAUGAGUCGACAGAGUUCGAAUGGAGGUCCGAUGAGCGCCGCAAAUUUCAUGCAAAGAAUGACUGAUGAAGCCCGCUUCGGCUUGGGGAUGGACAUAUUAAAGAAGCCAACCAUUGCAACGAUACAGGCGCUCCUGCAACAGUCAGCUCGUGAAGUGAUGUUCGGAAACGCCUCGCAAUCGUGGACAUUCGCGGGCAUUGCUUUCCGGAUGGCCCUGGAUAUGGGGAUUCACUUGCCUAGCGACAGACUUCAAUCAUUCGUGAAGAGCUUGACCGCAGAAGACAUCGAAGUCCGCAAGAGACUUUUUUGGAGUUGCUACACUUGGGACAAGAUCCUUUCUCUUUAUCUCGGUAGGAUGCCUGGAUUUACGCCGAACACCGAGGAAGUGCCUGUGAAUUUUAUGGACGACUACAGCGACAACGAGCUCUGGGCACCUUACUAUGGUGAAACGCCUCGCCCAGAUGUUCCCAAUGCGCCCAACUACCAACCAUGUCCAGGAUACGUCGUUUCGUGUUUCCGGCAGCUGUGCAGGCUCUGUGUCAUCCUGAACGACCUAAUGCACAAUAUAUAUUCGCCCGAAGCAGCGGCCAGGCGUGAAAUGGAGGAGGAAGAGCGCUCGACCGAAGCCAAAGCAGCAAAUGAGGCAGUUUUCGUUAGAAUAUCGCGAGACCUGCGUGACUGGUUGAUUUCUCUGCCUUCCCACCUGAGAAUAAACCCGGAUCAGAUGCCCUCGCUGGCACCGCCCGUCCAUAUCAUGUCGCUGAAUCUGCUGUACCAUACGACAGUCAUCCUGCUGCAUCGACCAGUCAUCCUCGGAGCGCGAGACAUCAACGCGCCUGGUACUUCUCGGUCGUACCAGAUGUGCAUACAAGCCACGGCGGCCAUCCAUGAUUUGAUCAUGCUACAGGCAAAUACGUUUGGGCUAUCACAUGUGUCUUAUCUCAACGCAUACAGCGCAUACAUUGCAGCCACGAUCGCCGUGUUACGGUUCGAGCGAGAAUAUCAACCUGGAGAGGACCAAGCGACGGCUGCACAGAAGAACGGGCUGGGAUUUUUGCUGGACGUGUUGCAAAAGACGGCAAACGCCAUGCCAGCUCUGGAAAGAAGCAAUGCCAUCAUAAGAAAGCGCAUGAAGGCUGUCCUCGAUCGGCAAAAGGCAGCGAGGACCAAUUAUUCCAACGGUUCGACGCCGCCCAAAUUUACGAUUCCGACCCCUACAAGUCACCAGAUGGAUCUGGCGCAACCUACAGCUUUCCAGGCCCUGUCCAACCCUGCCUUGGCCCAUGCGACCUUUUCUAACCCUGACGCGGCAGGCUCUUUCAUUACCCCGAUGCCCUGGCAGUCCGGUAUCAGAAGUAGUAUCUACUCUGAGCAAGCGCAGGUGUUGGACGACUUCCUCCCCGCUUUUCCUGGUCAGCAAUUUCCCGUCGGGUCCGAACAUAGCUUUGGAAGCAACGAAGUCGACUCGCAUGCUCGAACGGCGUUACUGGGCUAUAAUCUCGAUCCGCAUCCCCGACUCAACUCGGGGGAUAUUGACUGGACUUUUGUUGAUAGUUUUGAAAGCCACCAGGGUCGGCUGUAA